ACUGCAUGUAGAAGGUUUGUAACUUUCACUCUUUGUUCAUUUUCAUACAUUUAUAUGUGAGGCCCUUGCAGGUCAGUCUAGUGGACUGUUCUCACAGAUUACAAACUAAUUAGGUCAAGAGUUGGAAGGUAAACAAACUUACCAGUAGGUGGCGUUAUCAGUAACAGAUAAUCAUAAUUCAGAUUUUGUUUCCUGUUUCCAUCCAAUAAACUUAGAGCCAUGAAAUUUACAACACCUUCAGUUAAACAAAAUAUUACAACCUUUGAACUUUAACAUGUUUUUUUUCACCAUAUGAACUUUUGAAAUAAACAUCCAGAAUCACGUUCCUACAAACUGGUUAUAAUAUCCUUUAUGAUCCUAGAUUAUGAUUUUUUAUAGGUCAAGGCUAAAAUAACAAGUCUUAUCAUCUUACAUGUGAUAAAAUUAUGACAAUACUUAGCAAUAAAAAGUCUGGGCUCCUAUUUAAGUGUCAAACAGCAGAGUGGACCUCCAGAGACACUGAGGAUGGAAAUGAAAAUGUUUUUCCCGUUGCUGCUGCUAGUCUGCUCCGUCUCUACAGCUGAGCUGCAAGUUCAGUCUGACAAUGACAUUCUGUCACAUGUAAGACAAACUGAGGGACAAGUGGAAGAAGCAGAGAGUCUGACUGAGCAGCAGACCUGCACACAGGACAUCAAUGCUGUUCUGAGAGAGAUGACCGCCUUGGUGGCUGCACUGAAGGUGGAGGUGCAGCACCUACAGAAAGACAAUGAAGUGAAGACGACGGAGCUGCAAUCCCUGAACCAACGAUACCAAGUACAAGAAACUCAGGUACAAAAGCUGCAGGAUCAGAAUCAAGUUCAGGCAGCAGAACUGGCUUCUGUUAAAGUCAACGCUGAAAACCAAGUGGAGGCUCUGAAGAUACAAGGAGAAGGACUGUUCACUGCACCAGUAAGAGGAGUUUAUCACUUUGACUUCCACAUACAUGGACAUGGUUCUACUAAUCCUACAUCUGCUGUGUUGGUCAAGAACGGAGAGCAAAUCUUUACAUCAUGGACUCAUCAGCCUGCUGGUGCUCAGAAAGCUUCUAAUGGCGUCUCACUGCUGUUAGAAAUUGGAGAUGUUGUAUUUUUGCGAAUGAGGGCCAAUUCAAGGAUUUAUGACAAUACAGAUAAUCACACUACAUUUAGUGGUCAUUUACUUUUCACCAUGUAGGCAUCUAAAAGAUUUUUUAUUACAAUUUGUGAGCAUGAUAAAAACCCUUCUGUCUUCAGAAAGUUAUGAAAAUGAUUCAUUUGUAAAAUAAAGUUGAUCCCAGUUUUGUUCAUCCUGCUGUUUGGUUUCUACAGCAGCCAGAAGUAACAUGUCUGUAUCUGUAGCUGAGAAAAUGAUUAUUUUUGCUAAAGUCUAAUCAGAACAUAAAAGCUGAACAAGAUCAUCUGAAUUAAAGUGUCAUUUACAACUUUUAUGAAAACUGGAGGAACAAACUGUAUAUUUGAACCACAUCGUUUCUUUAUUUUCUAUUGAAACACUUGGUAACAGUAAUAAGAGCUUUUUUCAAAUGAGCGUAUAAUUUAAGUUUAUUCCAUUGACUAAAAUAUACUAAAACAUCUUCAGCUUUAUUAAAGGGGACAUUUGUUGUUUUUUUUCUUACAUGUAAGUGAAACAGUGACUUUAAAGAAACAUACAGCAGAGAAUCUGCAAUAGAAUAAUUGAAGAUGAGACCAAUCAGAGUUUUAAUUGGCCAAAUCAAAAUCUAGACUCUUACUUGACUCAACUUCUUAUCAAAAAGGAUUUGAAUUUGGCUUCUUGUUUUGAAUAAAUAUUGAAUUUACA